AUCCACAACUCUCUAACACAGACACACUAACUCUUCCCCCCUCUCUCUCUCUCUCUUACACAUUGACGUUCUCAUUUCUCUCUCUCUCACACACUCGCGCGCGCGCGCACACACAAUAUUCAGAAACUGAGCGAUUUCACGUGUUUCACUCACCAAAUCGGUUAUUGAAAGAACGCGAGGGUGAGAGUGAAUUGUUUGACUGAAGGUCCACGUGUGCUCAGUACAAUAUCUCUGUUCACUGUCCAUUGUGGUCAAGCAGAAAGUGACCUCUUUGAAGUUUAUUAGCUGACCAUGUUCAGCUGGACCCUGACGCUUGGUAGUUAAAGGCUGCCGUCGCCGCCACCACCACCACUGCUACUGCUAUUGUUGCUGCUGCUAGUGCAGAUGCUACUGUGAACAACAGCUACUACAGAGGCACUACUAUUACUACUAUUACAAGUAUUAUUGUAGUAAGAACUAACUAUAAAGAAAAAGACAGACGAAGAAGUAGAGAACACGGGACGUCAGUUGCUGGGAAGUGGAAGACUUCAUCCCCAUCGUGGCUGCUUCUAUUAUUCCAGAUUGGUUGGUCCUUAAUACCAAACACAAUAGGUUGAUUAAUUGUAAGGGAGCGGUGGUGUGGCAGUGUUAUAACAGCCCUAUCUACUGGCAGCGAUACUGCAACACACGGCUGACCCUUGCAGCGCUUGGGAAUGGGCAAUCAGCUGAAAAAAAUUCGGGAACUUGGAGGAGAUGCUGUUCGAAGAAGUGGUCUUACCAAGGGAGAUUCUACGGAUAAACAGGAUGAAGGGAAAGAGCAGGAUGGGGCUUCUUCUGCAAUGGUUCACCAAUCAUCAGUUGAUGUACCGUCAACUACAGAGGAAUUAACAGACGGUCGACAAUCUUAUACCAGUGCAGUGGAUGUUACCAUUGAGAAUAGUGGACAGGAUGUGGACAACACUGACCAGGAGCAGGCCAAAGUUAAGAGUAAAUCUUCUACUCCCCCCAGUGAUGACCGGGAUGAUGAAGUGUCACCCACUCCCCCUCACCACACUAUACCAAAGCGAACCAGGAGAGGGGGAGUCAGUGCUGAAGUAUACAAGGAAGAAGAUGCUGCUUUGUAUGUUAAGAAGGUAGUACCAAAAGAUUACAAGACAAUGGCAGCCCUUUCUAAAGCUAUUGCAAAAAAUGUAUUAUUCUCUCACCUUGAUGAUAAUGAACGAAGUGACAUAUUUGAUGCCAUGUUUCCUGUACAUAGACACGCUGGUGAGGUCAUCAUACAACAAGGUGAUGAUGGAGAUAACUUUUAUGUCAUCGACCAAGGUGAAGUUGAUGUUUAUGUAAACAAUGAACAUGUAACCACCAUUGGUGAAGGCGGAAGUUUUGGAGAACUGGCCCUUAUUUAUGGCAUACCUAGAGCAGCAACUGUUAAGGCUAAAAACGAUGUCAAGCUUUGGGGUAUUGACAGGGACAGUUACCGUCGUAUUCUUAUGGGCAGCACUAUAAGGAAAAGGAAAAUGUAUGAUGAGUUUCUUUGCAAAGUGUCCAUACUGGAUAAUUUGGAUAAAUGGGAGAGAUUAAGUAUUGCUGAUGCUUUAGAACCAGUCCAGUUUGAUGAUGGUCAGCAGAUUGUCCAACAAGGAGAACCAGGAGAGGAUUUCUUCAUUAUCACAGAAGGAACUGCUGCUGUUCUACAAAGACGUGCUGAUAAUGAAGAACCUAUUGAAGUCGGACGCCUGGGUCCAUCAGAUUAUUUUGGAGAGAUUGCUCUGCUACUUGAUCGACCUCGUGCUGCUACUGUGGUCGCCCGCGGACCUCUCAAGUGUGUCAAACUAGACCGAGCCAGGUUUGAGCGUGUGCUUGGCCCCUGUUCGGACAUCCUUAAACGAAACAUCUCCCAGUACAACAGCUUUGUCUCCCUGUCUGUGUAAAUAAAUAAACCUAUAGACACCUCCCCCUCUCCCUAGUUUUGGCUUCUGUCUGCCAGCAAAUAACGAUGUGAGCCACAAACGAAAUUGUGCUUCACUUUUAAUAACUCCCUUACUUCUCUCUCUCUCUCUCAUCCUCUUUUACUUUACAAUUGCUCUUGUCUCUCUUUCGUUCUUUCUCUCUUUCCUUCUUUCUUUUUUUCUUUCUUUCUAUCUGUCUAUCUAUGGAUUGGUGACUGUUUGUGUUUACAAACAUAACAACAAAAAAAAAGAAAGGACUCAAUACAUAGAAGCUUCAGUUUCUAAUAAAAUAUAUUUGUUUCUACCUACCUAGCUGUCUACCUACCUAGCUGUCUACCUACCUAGCUGUCUACCUACCUAGCUGUCUACCUACCUAGCUGUCUACCUACCUAGCUGUCUACCUACCUGUCUAUCUAUCUUCUUAUCUAUCAAUAUAUUUAAACAAGAAAGGUUGAUUUCAGCACUAAAAAAAAAAGCAAAACAACAAAAUGAAAUUUAAAAAAAAAAAAAGCAAGAACCAACCUUUUAAAUAUUUUCUCAGAUCUUCAAAGCCAUGGAAUUGUGGGGGUGGUUGUCAGGGACGGGUAGCUGUUUUCACCUUCUGCUCCCUACCUUCAUCAUUGCUCUAUCCUGCUAGAAAAGAAAGUAUUUACUCACCACCUCCACACGAGAGCUCAUUUGCCAAGGCAAAAAGGUCCAUAACACAA